AUGAGUGGCCUAGGAAAAGGAGACAAGAUUGUGGACUUCAAAAUUCCUGAAAAAGGGUCACAGAAAGACUCAGAACCAAGUGAUCUUCAAGCUCAGGAGAAGGCUGAGGAAGGGGCCGAUGGAUGCUCAGAUCGUGGGAGUCCGAACAAGGAAAAGAAAGAGCCUGUGAACCUGGACCGUGGAGGCUACAGCAAAGCCAAACAUGCUUCAGAGAACGAGGCUGAUCCACCUUCAUGUACCUCUCCUUCAAUCCCACUGUCCUCUGCUUUCAUAUUCUUUUUUAUGAAAGAGAGAAAUGGAUGAUUCAGAACCUGCCCCCACCUUUCCGCAGGAGCCACUUCUGUCCUGCACAGUCUUCAACAGACAUUGUCAUCUCUCAAGUGUCCACCCUGGAGGGUAAGGACCCUAUAUGGGAAUUUCAGUGGAGUGAAGUUCAGGAGGCAUGGAGCUGACAACGACGGUGCUACUGCAGCAGCAGCAGCAGCAAGAGUGAUUCUGACCUAG